AUGGCAAAUCAACAUUUUCAGCAACAACGAGAUCAUCGAUAUAACCAUGACGAAGAAGAGGAGCAAGAAGCACAGCAAGAUCGAGAUCAUCACAACCACACGCUGCGUCGAUCACCAACACUCUAUGACCUCUUUGCAGAAGUGAUGAACGAACGAUUGCUGGAGAUGUAUGAUUGGGAAAUGUUGUCCCCAGAGAAUCAACAAGAACAAGAUCAAUUAUUUGAAUUGGACAGUACCGCUGCUUUAGAACAGCCAGCCUUAGUACAAGAUGAUGCGGAACAAUCAGCACGGAUCCACGUAUUCAAAUCAUCGGAAGAAAGCGAACAACAGAAAAAGAAGCAAAUGGCUGAAGAAUGCGAUCAAACACCACUCAGCCACCUAGAGAACAACUCAACGCUACACUCCUAUGAUUCUAUAUUAUUUCAAAUUGAGCAAAUGGAAGUACUCAAAGAGACGGACCCGUCACCUGGAACAUCACAACAACACGAAACUACAACGAAACGAAGCAGCUACAACAAAAAGAACACAGACAGCUGA